AUGCGGGAGGGCCAGCGCCGCAAGCCUCCCCCCCUGUACAUUCGCUUGUCAAAUGCUUUCGGAAACGCCCAGCAGAACACCGAACUCCAAGUCGGUUCUCACGAUUACUACGGUGGCCACGGCGGGAGUCAGGUGCAUCAAGGCCCGCCUGUGAAGACUGGAUCCUCCUUCGAUAGGGCGCCUCUUUCCGGCGGUUCCGUGCCGACGCCCGUUCGGAUUUCUCCUGGAAGGCCUAAGGCUCCUGCCCCCUUUUCUUUCGUUAAGGCUGUUUCUAGCCCUGUAUCUCUCCCUGGCCCGGCCCCCCCUGCUUCUUUCCACAAACCAGCCCCUAUUCCCGUCCAACAAACAGUGCCUGUCGCGGUGCAGCAGACAGCCCCUGCCACUUUAAAACAGGCUGCCCCUGUCUCCAUCCAACAAAGCGCCCCUACCACAUUUCAGCAAAGUGCCCCCGCCACCUUCCAACAAAGCCAGCAGAGUGCCCCUGUCACAUUCCAAAAUCCCCCUGUCCUCGUCCACCAAAGCUCACCUACUACAUUCCAGCAAACUGCUCCUGCCACGCUCGAGCAGCCCGCCCCUUUGACCGUUCAAAAAGCUGCCCCUGCCACUUUUCAACAAACGGCUCCUGCCACUUUUCAUCAGGUUGCCCCUGCCACUUUUCAUCAGGUUGCCCCUGCCACUUUCCAGCAGGCUUCCCCUGACACUUUUAAACAGGCUGCCCCUACCACCUUUCAACAAACUCCACCUGCUACUUUUCAGCAGACUCCAACUGCCACCUUUCAACAAGCUCCAACUGCCACUUUUCAACAAACUCCACCUGCCACUUUUCAAAAAACUCCACCUGCCACUUUUCAACAGGCUGGCCCAGCCACUUUUCAACAAACUCCAACUGCCACUUUUCAACAAACUCCAACUGCCACUUUUCAAAAAACUCCACCUGCCACUUUUCAAAAAACUCCAACUGCCACUUUUCAACAAACUCCACCUGUCACUUUUCAACAAACUCCACCUGCCACUUUUCAACAAACUCCAACUGCCACUUUUCAACAAACUCCACCUGCCACUUUUCAACAAACUCCAACUGCCACUUUUCAACAAACUCCACCUGCCACUUUUCAAAAAACUCCACCUGCCACCUUUCAACAGGCUGCCCCAGCCACUUUUCAACAAACCCCAACUGCCACUUUUCAACAACCUCCACCUGCCACUUUUCAAAAAACUCCACCUGCCACCUUUCAACAGGCUGCCCCAGCCACUUUUCAACAAACCCCAACUGCCACUUUUCAACAAACUCCACCUGCCACCUUUCAACAAGCUGUCCCUUCCAACAUAGAACAAACAGCGCCAGCCACUUUGAAGCAAACUCCCCCAAUCCAACAGAACUCCAUGCUAAUCCUCAACCUCGCAGACGCCAUGGCCAGCUCGUUAGGUCCAUCUGCCGAGGGGCUUCCGUACCUCCUCAUCGUCCCCGACGGCGCGAGCAACACACCGAAGGGCGUCGCGAAGACCGGAGGGCAAGGGCCGGCAAGUAAGAGAGGAUUCACAAUUUUCAUCGUGGGAGGAACAAACAUCAAGACGCACCAUGUCAGUCACAAGCCCGCUGCCAAAGCCGGCUAG